CAGCAUGCGGCAAACGGCAUUAACAGCAUCACAAUGAGGUGUGCGAUCGUUCUACUGGCUCUGGCAGCUUUUGGGGCAGCUCUACCCCAACAGCAGCAGAAACAACAUGCUGCUGAUCAAGAUCUUCUGAAAAAGCAACAAGAUACUGUACUGUUGUUGCAACAGAUUACCCAAGAAAUCCCAAAUGAGCAGCUGCAGAUCCUUGGAACCACUUAUGACAUUGAAAACAACUACCACCAAUAUGAGAAUCCGAUCCUCGUGAAAUAUUAUUUGGGCGCUGUACAAGCCGGUCUGGUUCAACCAAAAGGCACCGUCUAUUCGAACUCCAUCAGCCAACUUCGUAAAGAAGUUUCCCUUCUGCAUAGAAUCUUAUUAGGCGCUAAGAACUAUCAGACAUUCUUAGCAACCGCCGCAUGGGCCCGUGUCCACGUUAAUGAGGAACAAUUCGUCAAGGCUUUCAUUGGAGCCGUUCUUCAACAUCCAGAGACACAGGGCAUUAUCUUACCGCCUCUGUACGAGAUCAUUCCUCAGUACUAUUUCGAUGCUAGGAUCAUCCAAGAAGCACAGAACAUUGUUGCGCAAGGUGUUGGCUACAACCAAAUAAUCCCUGUUAACUAUACUGCCCAUUUGUCCAGCAGUGAACAUCAACUUUCUUACUUCACGCAAGACGUCGGCCUCGCUAAUUACUAUGGCUACGUUAAUCUCGCUGGAUAUUUGUUGGAGCGCGGACACCAAACGCCUGAACAAUAUCAGCAACAAAAUCAGGAAGGUCAAGUUAAUCAGGGAUCUGUUUAUUAUUACCUUCACCAACAACUGCUGGCUCAUUAUGAACUAAAUCGUUUGUCGAACGGAUUGGGCCCAAUUGAAAACACUGAUUACGUCAACGUACAAGCACCAUAUCAGCCACAUCUCCGUUACAUAAACGGACUCGAAUUACCUGGACGCCCGCAGAAUCUACAUCUCAGUCCCUACAAGAAUCAUCUUAUCCAGACUGUUAAGAAGAUUGAGCAAAGAUUGAUUGAAGCUAUUGAUUCUGGGCAUGUCAUCACUCCGCAAGGCACUUUCCUCUCUCUUUAUCAGCCGCAAGGUUUGAACAUUCUUGGAGAACUCAUUCAAGGAACUGGCAGAAGCGUUAACCCAAGGUACUACGGCAGUCUUCAAGCCGCCGCGCGUCAACUCCUCGGCAAUGCUCCUGAAGUGCAGAAUAUCUAUGAUUAUACUCCUUCUGUUCUUGAAUUGGGACAAAUUGCUGUUCGUGAUCCAGCUUUCUACCAGCUCUACAAGAAAGUUAUCCAAUUGUUCACGCAUUACCAGAACUCCUUGCCCGCAUAUCAAUACAACGAUAUCCUUUUGCCCGGCGUUAGCAUCCAGAACGUUCAAAUUAGUCCCCUGGUAACUCUCUACAACAAUUACUAUGUCGAUCUUGAUGGAGCUACUCAACAACAAGUUAGCCAACAACAGCAAGUCCAACAACAACAACAACAACAACAACAACAACAACAACAACAACAGCAACAACACAUCAAAGCUGAAGUGAAGAGAUUAGACCAUAAACCGUACGAAUACCAAAUUACUGUCCAGAGCGAGCAGAACGUUCUCAGUGCCGUUGUCCGCGUCUAUUUGGGACCGAAAUAUGACUACCAUGGCAAACCCAUCAGCAUCUCCCAACACAGGCAUCAAUUCGUAGAACUCGAUCAAUUCAUAACUGAUCUUCAGCAAGGACAAAAUGUCAUUGAAAGACAAUCUCACCAGGCACCAGGCCAGAGCUUCGACUACCCAUCUGUUCAAGAAAUCAAGCAGGGUGUCAACAGUGCUACUCAUGCCCAAGAACCGUACUACAUCACUGAACCACACCAGAUCUUCGGUUUCCCAGCUAGAUUGGCUCUUCCCAAAGGUCAACCUGGCCAAGGAUAUCCAGUUCAGCUGGUAGUUGUGAUCUCUCAACCAGGACAACAUAAUGUACCUUACGGACCGGUGAUCCCGGAACAAUAUCAAACUUACCAACAAGGCGAAUAUCAAGUAGUUGGUACCGAGAACUAUCAGCAGAUUCAGCAAGGUGGCAAAUUAGUCGGUGUGAAACAGACUGUGGAGGUUGUACCAGAAACUCUACCGAUCACUCAGCAAGAGAAUCAAGUUAUAAGGAACCAUUAUGCUAACCUUUAUACUCAACAACAUGGACAGUACCCGUAUACUCACUCCCAGUAUCAAGUAGGCCAAGGACAAGUUUAUGGACAGAAUGUUUAUGGUGUGCAAAGUCAUUACUAUGGACAACAAGGACAUCAGGGACAACAGGGACAACAUGGACAACAUGGACAACAAGGACAACAAGGACAACAAGGACAACAAGGACAACAGGGACAAUAUCAGUGGAGUCAAGAACAGCAACAAAAUCAUUGGAGUCAACCUCAGGGUAUCUACCAAGGACAACAGGGACAGUAUCAACAGUAUCAACAUGGCCAACAAAAUACAGUAGGAGUCCAAGGAAUACCAACUGGUGUACAUGGCUCACAACAAGGUAUCCAUGGAGUACAAGGAGUACAAUCAAGCGUACAAGGUGUCCAAGGUGUCCAAAAUGUACAAUACUCUGGAUUACAAGGAACUCAAGGCGUCCACAGCGGCAUUCAGUCUGGAAUCCAGGGUAAAUAUCAUGUUACUUAUCAAGGACAGAGCCAACAACAGCAGGGACUUGGCGUAGGAUAUACUGGUAGCGGACAAUACCAUGCUGGUGGUUUCCAAGGCAUCUUGGGUCAGGGACACAAAUCGCAGGAUGCAUACGUCAGCAAAUACUACCAGAAUAAGCACAUCUCUGAAAUUAUCGGUGGCGCAAUCUCUCUCGACGGUAAACCUCUAGGCUACCCGUUGGAUAGACCUUUGACCACCGGUGCUCUUUCCGUACCUAAUGUCUACGUUCAAACCGUUCAUAUUCAUCAUGAAGGUCAACCUACCAACGAAGUAUACUAUCAGUGAAAUGUUCCUAUAAAACAGAUAUAAUAGAUAUAUGGCAUCAUUAGAUGUAACAAUAUUUGUCCAAGAGUUAUUUUUUUCGUUUAUGUAAAAAAAGGUUUAUCAAUUUAUUGCAAAUGCAAUUAAUAAAUUGCCCUAAAACGCAAAUCUUUAGAU